AGUUCCAUUCGUUCAUUAUACCGCACGUUAUAGGCAUGCGCAAACAUGUCAUUAUGUUUUUUACAGACGAAUUAAUCACACACAGAAUAAAAAGCAAUGAUCUCAUAUCUACGAAAUGAGUGUCUUGGAAUAAUGAAUAAGAUGUUGGAUGUACAUUGUAAAAUAUACUGCUGGUGAAUUUAAGAUUAAAUUGAGAAAUAAAAUAAAAACUAGAUUUAUUUUCUUUUUAAUAAAUCAACGUUUGGAAUAGCCAUAAUGCAUUUUGAAAGAAUGGACUGUACACCAUCGCCAUUUCUUCUACUUUUCUUCUUUCAAAUAUGGAUUGGGAAAUCUUUAAGUGUUCGUCAUUUGGCACCGCGGACAGAACUUCGACCCCAUCAGUUGGAACCUCUCCGGCAUGUUGCUUUGAUUAAACAAGAAAUUUUACGUCAGCUUGGAAAGUCAGACGCCCCUAAAACCCAUAAUCCAAUACACAAGUCAAUGCCAAUCCUGGACUUCGACAAUCCAGUGAGUGAAUAUAAAGUUCCCGACAUAUCUUCUUAUCACUCCGAACCACCUGAUAACUCCUCGGAUGAAAACAUUAUCCAAUUUAGUCUAUUCAGCAGAAUCAAGGGGAAAAAGAUUAAAGUUGAUAAUGUUAACCUUCUUGUGAGAGUUAAAUUGAAAAAGCCCAGAACAAACAAAAAAUCAACACGGGAUAUUGAUACAAAAAGAAAGAAAAGGCAAAGACGUAAAAAGAAUUUCAAAGAAAUUGAUAUAAGUGUAUAUAACGUGACGAAAAGUGGUACACCAGAUUCAGUAAUUACAGCUUUGAAGUCAAAGAUAAGAAAAACAAAGUCUCUAAAACUAAGUAUUCCAAAGGAUAUAAUACAAAAUGUAUUAGAUGCAAAUAAAAACACUUUACAGUUUUUCAUUCAGUGUUUAGGCUGUGAUAAAAAAGCAAAAAUGAUUCUAGUUCACAAGAGAAGAAAACGUAAAGCUGCAAAAACUCGAGACGGAAACAAGCAUGUCAAGCUUCAUAAGCGCCGCCCUAUUCUAUUUGUUUAUUCACAUCAAACAACAGGAAGUUAAAGUUUCUUACAAGACAUACCUUAAUAUUAUGUGGCUGUCUUAUAUCUUAGACAACGAUAUUUUGCCGUGUAGGCAAGGCAAUGCAAAUAGUUUAAUUCUUGAACAAAAUAUUCUGAUAGAAGUUAAGUAAAGGUAUCGACGCAAGAACUGAACAUGGCAAACUGUUUCUGACCGUUGAUUUAGUUCCAACAAAUAUAUGAAAACUUUGGCACUUGGUAUGUGUUUAUACAAAGCAUAUUCGAACAGAGUGGACAACUUGGUGUGUGGUGAAUGGAUACUAACUACUAACUAGAUCUAUAAAAUUUAGUUUCGUUCAUUUAAAACCGUUUAUUUGUGCAUUAUAAAAAUGAGAAAUUGAAUGCAUUACAUUCCUUUUUUUCUGAAUGUUAUAUAUGAAAUAUAACUGAAGAUGUAUCUAUAGUUUGUUCUAUUAUGAUUUAUUUAUGUAAUAAUAGGUAAUAAAUAUUACAAUAAUGUUUCAA